AUGGCUGCGCCAGAACAUAUCGCAAAAUGGGACCAUCGUUCCGAUAGCGACCAGUCUGAAACCCCUCACCUGAGUGACAAGGUCGAACAGGAUCCCAAGCUAAAGGAUUUCGAUCUCGAGGGUCAAGGUCGUCGCUUGUCGCAUUCCCAUGUUGCCCUCGAUUCGUCUUCCACUUCCGAGAGCGUCGGUCGGCAAAUUGAGCUCGAAGCUGAGAAUGGUAUCAAGUACCGUACAUGCAGCUGGCAAAAAACGGCUGCCCUGCUCUUCUCCGAGUAUAUUUGUCUGGCGAUGAUGUCCUUUCCCUGGUCAUACUCUGUUCUCGGUCUGGUGCCGGGUUUGAUUUUGACUGUUUUCAUUGCUGGUGUGGUGUUGUAUACUUCGUUGACAAUUUGGAAAUUUUGUUUGCGCCACCCGGAAAUUCGCGAUGUGUGUGACAUCGGCCAGUACCUAUUUUGGGACUCGAAAGUGGCUUGGUGGUUUACUGCCAUCAUGUUCCUUCUCAACAACACCUUCAUUCAAGGCUUGCAUUGCGUGGUGGGAUCCGAGUACCUCAACACCAUCUCCAAUGGCGGUGCCUGCACCGUUGUUUUCUCGCUCAUCGUGGCGAUCAUCUCCUUCUUUGUUUCCUUGCCGCGUACAUUUAGCGCUCUUGCUCGAUUGGCGACAUUGUCCGCCUUCUUCACAUUUGUCUCCGUCUUGCUGGCCAUGAUCUUCAUCGGUAUCGAGGGUCACCCAGCUGGCUACCCCAGCGCCGGCGAACCGGAAGUUCUCGCCAUCCCAGCCAAGGGCACCACUUUCGUCAGUGGAAUGAGCGCUUUCCUGAACAUCAGCUACACUUUCAUCGGACAGAUCACCCUGCCCAGUUUCAUCGCCGAGAUGAAGGAGCCAAGAGACUUCUGGAAGUCCGUGACUGCCGUGACUAUCGCCGAGGUGAUUUUGUUCAGUCUGGUCGGAUCGAUUAUCUACGCCUACACUGGCUCGCAAUCUGCCUAUAUGACAGCGCCUGCGUUCGGCUCUAUCUCGAAUGAGGUGUACAAGAAGGUCUCCUUCUCCUUCAUGAUCCCUACCCUCAUUUUCCUCGGUGUUCUUUACGCAUCCGUCUCUGCGCGUUUCAUUUUCUUCAACAUCUUCGAGGGUACACGCCACAAGACCCAAAACACUGUGGUGGGGUGGGCCUCCUGGGCUGGUAUUCUCGCUGUGCUCUGGAUCAUGGCCUGGGUUAUUGCCGAGGUCAUUCCGUUCUUCUCGGAUCUGGAGUCGAUCAUGAGUUCCCUGUUUGAUUCCUUCUUCGGUUUCAUUUUCUGGGGAGUGGCCUACCUUCGCAUGCGUAGGGCUGACCACGGACCCGACUUCUACAAGAAGCGGGGCAUUCGUGGUUGGUUGGGUGCCAUUUUUAAUGUCAGUCUGAUCUUCAUGGGACUGUACUUCUUGGGACCUGGUACCUACGCUUCUGUCAUGUCUGUAAUCAUCAGUUACAGAGAGGGUACCGUUGGCGGCGUCUUCACCUGCGCCAGCAACGCACUUUAA